AUGUCUUCAACAACCACUUCAAAGCGCUCCUCGGGCUUCACCCCUGCGCGAGCGACACGCUCUACGACUACCACCGAACGCGAUCUUUCCUCACGACUUGCCAGGACACCUGCCCCGAUCAACACGAUCCUCCCGCCAACGACCAAGAAAUACAAGGCCCCGCUCUCCACUGAAGCGCGAGCUCGCAAAGGGUCUACUCUUCCCUCUGUACCCGGUAGCCCAAGCAAAUCUCGACCCGCUUCAAGGGCGGGCUCGAGGCUGGGUGGCGAAAGCGAUGGGUUGGCACCACUGUUCCCUCCACCGAAGGACGUCGAAGAUUCGUUGGUUGACUUCGAGACUGUCGGCGUGGACCUGACCGGAGAUGCCGAGGCUGUUGCGCCACUCGAGCAGGUUGCAGUGGAUAAGGUCAUGGUGUCGGUUCGGGUCCGUCCUAAGACGAAUAGCCAUUCACAUUCGGCGUGGUCCGUUCCAGAUGACAACACAAUCCAUCCAUCCAGCGCUGCCUCACCCACACCGCCAACUGCUUCACAGAAAUUCACCUUCGACAAAGUCCACACUGCACAUUCUACCUCUGCCCUGUAUGCUAGCUCUGCCAGACCACAAGUCCACGCCUUCAUGGGAGGCUACAACGCUGUUGUAUUCGCUUAUGGACAAACUGCCUCUGGAAAAACAUAUACCCUUUCUGGAACCCCAGAAGAACCCGGAAUCAUACCUCGUGCAUUACGCGACAUUUUUGCCUUCAUCCGCGCGACACCUGAACGAGAGUACUUGCUCCGCUGCAGCUACCUCGAAAUCUACAAUGAGACUAUUUAUGACCUACUCGCGCCGGCCGCGGGCGCUGGACAAGCAAAAGGCGUGGAGAUUCAAGGUGGUGGAGGCGGAGAGGUGGUUUUGAGUGGGCUGAGGGAGGAGGUUGUCACCAGUCUCGCCAAUGUACGAGAGGUAUUGAGGCGCGGCGAGGGCAACCGUCGGACUGCUAGCACCGAUUGGAACGAACGAAGUAGUCGGAGCCAUUCCGUCUUUCGGAUUGUCUGCGAAAGUAGAGAACGAGGCGAACGUGGCGAAGACCGCUCUUCGACACCGACUACUAAUGGAAGACAUACGCCUGGGCUUAGUGGGCGUCAAACUCCGGGUCCUCGUCUUCAAGCGAAGGGCGGUAGAAGUGUACAAAGCUCAGUACUAAGCUUGAUUGAUCUUGCUGGGUCUGAAAGAGCGACUUCGGACAAGGAGCGGACCAGGGAGGGUAGGUAUAUCAACACCAGUCUACUUACACUUGGAACCGUUAUUUCGACGCUGGCUGAGAAUGCUGCGAAGGGAAAGAGCGAUCAUGUCCCCUACCGCAACUCGAAACUCACGCGAAUGCUUCAACCUUCACUAUCAGGCAAUGCUAGGAUAAGCGUAGUUUGCACCGUCAAUCCCGAUUUGAGUGCUGUUACUGAGAGUAUGAGUACUCUUCAAUUUGCUCGUCGCAUCAAGGGUGUCCAUCUGAAUGCCCAGAAGAAGGAGAUUGUGGAUACGGACGCGCUGAUCGAGAGGUACAGGAAGGAGAUAGAAGACCUCAAACGGCGUCUCGCUGAACGCGAGGAGGAGGCUUCCAGGGAAGCACCAACUCUACGAACUCGACGCUUGUCUGCUCGCGAGCAAAUCGACGAGUCAAAGGCAAUGACAGACCUAAACGCCCGCAUUAAACAACUCACCAAACUUAUACUCACCAGUCAAACUGUUGGAAACGGAGACGACUCGAGGCCAGCUAGUCCGGUCAAGAUUGACUUCGAUGCUUCCCCGUAUCAGUUGCAAGAAGAGCUCCUCGCCGCGAAACUGCAGCUUGAAUCACAGUCUCAUCAAAUCCUUUCCCUGGAAGCAACUUUGCUAGCCCGUCCAGACGAAACAGCUACGACUGUGUCGGAAGAAGAUUCGGAGAAGGACAAAUUGAUUGCUGAACAAGCCCGUACGAUUCGCGAGUUGGAGAAUACUGUACGCGAGAAUGCCAAUGCGGGUCCAACCAAAGAACAAAUGGAGGCGGAAUGGGAGGAAAAGCUGGAAGUCCAAAUAAAGCUUGUGAAGGAGAAGGAAGCCUGGGCCGCAGAGUUAGUGCGCCAGCUCGAGAAAGAACGCAGGAUCCGAAUCCAACUGGAAGAAGAGAGGAAGGCAUUGGCAGCAUUCGUCAGCAAGUUCGAUUCGCUCGGUAUGGGUCUCCUUUCUGCAGCAUCUUCUCCAGUCAAGCCAAGCCCUGGCGGAGCGGCUGCGACGUUUUCCAGUCGUAAAGAGAGUCGGCAGCAACCACAGAUCACGCCAGACACUUCACCAAUUCGGAUGUCGCUCGACUUGGCCAUGACGAGCAAGAUGCAUCCGAGCUUACUGGAGCAAAUGCCUGAGGAGGAUUGGAACGAUGUUAGCUUUGAAGCUGAAUCGUGGAGUCGGGGCAACACCCUCAGCCGUGUGUUGGGUGUGAGCUCCAAAGAGAAUAGGCCGCUUAUGUAG